GGUUAACCUGUGUUUACUACCGGGAAUUUGAAAUGGUCGAAGAUGCCAAAUUUCUGAAAAGAAAAAUACGAGCUGGUUCGAUUGAUGUGCAUCCAACAGAAAAAGCGCUUGUUGUGCACUAUGAAACAGAGGCUACAAUUCUUGGAGAACUCGGUAAUCCAAUGGUUGGGGAUCGCAAGGAGAGUAAAAAAAUCAUUCGAGUCAGAAAUCUAAAUGAGAAUACGGAUAUUCCUGAGCUGGCCAAAAAGAUUAUUGCAAGCUGUAAAUUGAUAUCGGAAAACAAAUUUCCACAAGUUGAGCAUUUAUUAAAGUAUUUGCUGAAGCGGAAAGAAACAACGGUAGUUAAAAAUCAAAAACCACCAAUAAUAUCAGAAACACUUGCAGAUCCCGGUGCGUUUGAUUCCACUGAAAUAAAUGAAAUAGCUCAUUUAACUGACCUGGAUGACUAUUUGGAAUUACUCUAUGAAAGCAUACCAGAAAAACUGCGAGCGUCAGCUCUAAUUUUGCAACUUGCGAGAGAUCCUGAUAACCUAGAGGAGCUGUUUCAAAAUGAAACCCUUGUUGGUGCUUUGGCAAGAGUUCUUCGUGAAGAUUGGAAAAAAAGUACAGAUCUAGCAACUAAUAUAACCUACAUAUUCUUCUGUUUUUCUUCCUUUUCAAAUUUUCAUGGGGUAAUAUUACAUUUCAAAAUUGGUGCAUUAGUGAUGACAAUUAUUGAUCAUGAAUUAAAGAAAUAUGAUUUGUGGGUUGAAGAACAAGAUAGAAAACAAAAAUUAUCAAACAAUAAAUCUGAGACAAGUUUAACAACGGAUGGCAAAUGUUUGAUAGAUGAAGCACAAAAUAAUUAUGAGACAAGCCUUUCGAAGUAUAAAUCAUUAGUCAGGAAACAAGAACAAUUGUUUAGAGUUUCAUUUUAUUUACUGCUGAAUAUCAGUGAAGACCUUAGUGUUGAAAUUAAAAUGCACAAGGAAGGAAUAGUCAACAUGAUUUGUAGAUGCUUGAACAGAGAUAAUUUUGAACUGUUAAUAUUGCUUGUCUCAUUUUUGAAAAAGUUGAGUAUAUUCUCAGAGAACAAAGAUGAAAUGUUGAAAAAUGGUAUAAUUGACAAAUUAUGCGAAAUGUUAUGCAGACCAGAAGAGGAUCUCGUUAAUUUAUGUUUACGUUUGUUAUAUAACCUUAGUUUUGACACAUCGGCUAGACUACAAAUGGUGUCCAAAGGUGUUCUAAAUAAAGUUGCAAGUUUAUUAGAAAAUACUCAACAUCAGCCAGUGGCUUUGUACAUACUAUAUCAUCUAACCACAGAAGCCCAAUCAAGACCAGAGUUUGUCAAUACACAAUGUUUACCAUUUCUUAAGAAGUUAAUACUGGAAAGUCCUGAAGAGAAAUCUGAUAUAAUUCCAAUGGCUCUAGGUAUCAACUUAGUAUUAGAUAGUCAGUGUGCAAAUGCUAUGCUUGGUGAAGGUCGAUGUUUUAAGUUGAUGAGUAAACGUGCAAUAAAAUUCCACGACCAGUUAAUUAUGAAGUUACUACGUAAUGCAAUACAGAACAGUGAUUUAUUAAAACUGAAGAUGGUUGAUUUUCUGCCAGAAUUAAUAAAAGUCGUAACUGAAGAGAAACCUUUCGAAAUGACUACACCAAGAAAUCUUUAUCCUUCUGCAAAAUCAACUCGACGUAAUGAUGUGAAUGUAGAUAGUAAAAAGCAGUUGACCAAUGAAGCAAUCAACUCCACAACAAAUCAUUUAUUUGAGAACCGCUUAAAGCUUAAAAAUCACAAAAUUGAUGAUGUUAAUAAUGUUGGUUGGAAUAAUGGUGAUAAUAAUGAUGAUAGUGAAAAGGAUGCUGAUGAUGAUGAUGAUGUUGAAAAUGGAUUUAGAACAAAGGAAGAAGACUUCAAGUUUGAAUCUUUGGGUUGUCUGGCUAAUCUCAAUCUUAGAGAUAUUCAGUAUAGUAAAGUAAUCACUGAAUUCAACUUACUGAAAUGGAUCAAAAGCCAUUUAGAAAGUGUACAUGUUCAAAAAUCGAGUGAUUUUUUAAAUACAACUUCCGAAGUUAUCGGUGGUUUUGGACAAAGUUUUUCAUCACCUAUGUUACCCACUCAAUUAGAUGAUACAAUUUUAGAAAUUGUAAGAAUGCUCGGUGUUAUAUGCCAAGAUCCUAUUGCUGGUAAAAUGGUUAUUGAAGCUGGACUGGUACACAAUUUGAUCGGUUUAUUAAACGUUAAACAGGAAGAUGACGAAAUUGUUUUUCAAAUCGUCUAUACAUUUUUCCAGUUGACGUUUCACGAACAGACAAGAAAUUUAUUCGUAAAAACAACACAAGCUGUUGCUUAUCUUGUCGAUUUGAUGCAUGAUAAAAAUGCAGAUAUUCGAAAACUUUGCGAUAUUACUUUGGAUAUUGUUUGUGAAUAUGAAUCUGAUUGGCGGGUCAGGAUUCAAACAGAACGUUUUCGUUGGCAUAACAGCCAGUGGUUAGAAAUGAUUGAUACAGCAACUAACUGUAGUCUGCUUGAUAAUACAGAUACAACAACUGAGGCAGCAUUAGCAGCUGUCCUUGGCAUUGGUGACACUCGAUCUCAAUAUCAUGCUAAUUUGUUAACGGAUAAUGAGUUAAAUAAUAUUGUCAAUGAAGAUAAUAACGAUAAUCAUGGAUACUUUGGAAUGGGAUUAGGUAUUGAUGAUGCAACAGCCUUUCUGAUGUCAUUAUCAUCUAAUAAUGAAGGAAGUAAGCGAUCAACGGCAAGUGAGGACUUUUUACAGAUACCUUUUCAAAACAACAGCUAUAUGAAUCAUUUGAACAUAUUGUAUCCAGAUAUGUACGGUGAUCCAAACUUUUUAUCCAGUGAGAGAGUAAGUCCAGCAAUAACGGUCAGAAGUCAGUAUGACUCAGACUCUGAUACCACCCAAAAAGGAAGUGAUUUAUAAUUUACCAAUCAUCAUGUUCUGGUUUUGUAUCAUUUGUGACUAAUUUAUGUACACAUUAUAAUUUUCUUAUCAUGUAGCUGUGUAAUCAUACAUUUCGAGUGUAUCGUUGUAUCAGUCUAGUCAUGACUAAGUUAAAUACAAUAAAAAAUGAUCUACUCGCUA